UGGUAAUCAACCAAAGAACCCAGACCUAUAUAAACCCCUGUAGCUGAAGGGUUCGCAUGUUCUGAAACUCCAGACACAGCGGCAAUGGCGGUUACGCAAAGCUCCGAUGACAAUUCGAAAAAACCGGUAGAGACAGGAAUUGAACCUUCCCAAGUAGAAGGUGCAGAUGCUGGUCCAUGUGGGCUUACACAACUGAGAAAAUCUGAUGGUCCUUCAACCAGACACCGGGACAUCAGUAUGGAUACUUGUGGGAUUGUUAAGAGUUACAAGCUAAAGAGAAACCGAACUAAAAGCAAUGAGUCAGAUAGCCUUUCUGAUAUUGAUGAUGCUGAGGUUCUUGGGUACCUUAACAAGAAGGAGGAGAUCUAUUACAAAAGGAUUUUAUGGGAAGCAAUGCAUGGAAAAUCUACAGAAGCCAAGAAACAGAAACGAACAACUGAAACAAAGAAAGGCGUCUCUGUCAAGAAAGCUACUACUAAAACCACCACAAAAGCAGAGUUCCAGAGGCCGAGCUCAAGGAUUAAUUACGAUGCUCUAAAAAUCCUGAAUGAUGAGCUUGAGCACAGUUCUGAAGCUACUCCGAUGAUAAGCUCGGACUCUUACGGGAGUAAGAAUUCACAAUAUGGGUUGCGUGGAUCUACAAAUAGUGAUAUGAGUUGCUGCAAAGAUGAUGAAGAUUUUGGUCAUCACGAUGGUGAGAUGCGUAGUGAAUAUGGAGAUGAAUAUGUCGAUGAUGAGUACUUCGAUUUCUGAGAAGUGGAGAAAAGUCCUGUGUUUGUGAUGAGGCCAUAGAACAGAUUAGUAAUAUCACAAAGUUCUGUAUUUUGUGGGAUGUAGAGCAUGUUACACCGACUAUACGCAGUAUGCUAAAUUAGCAAAUGAAUAUGAAACUCGGUUACAGUGAACAUUUUGGCAAAAUGACACCCAAUCCAAAUUAA